AACUUACCACGGAGAAGUACUUCUUGACCCAAGACCACGUCUUUGAAUUCCAGGACAUUUUCUAGAUUGUAAACAACCAAUAUUGUAUCUAGUGCAAGUGUGGGUAGUCAGAAAGCAACAAAUGGCCAAAAUAAUAAAUGGUGACGUAGCGCGGCAGGGCGAUUUUCAUUUCCCGCUCCAAAACUGUGGAGUGGGAAGCCACUCUUAUCUUACCAAGCCAAGUCAAGCCGUCCAAGAACGGGGGUUUAACUUCACAAGAACAAACGUUCGUUCGCUUUAUGCAUUAUUAUCACUGUGCAUGCAACAGAUAUUUUGGGGGUCUAUUAUUUGGUUCAAAGGCCUUUGUUUGCUUCUUCUUUUUCUGUUGUAUUAUGGUCUCUAUUUUAUUGUGUGUUUUGCAGCUGAUGUCUGGAUUGUUUCUCGCGGCUGGUCCCUCAGCAGUUGCGUUGACCAAUUCAAUACUGUAAAAAUCAGUUAUAGAAGCCUCUAGAGAUGGAUGCCCACUAUGUCUGCCAAUAAUUUUUUAAUCUCGAGUAUAAGUUUUUCAUUUACGUUGUUGCGAUGAAACGUAACCGACCAUCGGGUAGGCAAUGAUAACAACAUCUCCCAGGUUGACCAGCCAAAUCAUCAAAAACGGUUUUACAAUGUACCGGACGGAGCUCUG